GAACCAGUCCUGGUCCUCAGUGUGUCAAGCUGACUUUGACCAYCAGGAUGCAGAGGUGGUCUGCAGGGAGCUGGACUGUGGUCCUCCUUCAGUCCUCCAGGGGGCGCUCUAUGGAGAACCAGAGGCUCCAACAUGGAGCAGAGAGUUCCAGUGUGAAGGCACCGAGUCUGCUCUCCUGGACUGUAGAGCAGGUUCAGGUAGAAGCAGCUGCUCGCCUGGACAAGCUGUUGGACUCACCUGUUCAGAGAACAUCAGGCUGG